CUUCAACGCCUCGUUUGGUCAAGACAUUUCCAGUUGAUUGGCUGUAUCACCGGUUCCACUGAGCACAUUCCUGCUGUAAGAUGCGGAUACCGUUCGUCACCACAAACCUGCAGUAUCUCGCUGCCUUCUGGGCGGCGCUGACGUACCUGAUGAGUGGCAUGAUCUCUGGCUGGGUGUCGCCCAUCCUGCCGCGCCUCCAGGAGCCGGGGUCGUGGCUGCCACUGACGGCAGACGAGGCCUCCUGGAUCGUCUCCAGCAUGACCAUCUCGUGUGUGCUGCCCAUCAUAGGUGUGCCAAUUAUCGUCGACAUCGUCGGCCGCAAGGUGCUGUUCAUCGCAUCUGGAUUGCCAGUGUUUGCUGCCUGGCUCAUGGUGCUGUUCGCUGACUCGGCGGCCAUGCUGAUAGCAUCGCGGCUGGUGGCUGGUCUGGGCAUUGGGGCCAGCAUCUGCCUGUUACCGAUGUACGUGGGGGAGGUGGCCGAGGCCAAAGUGCGGGGUAUGCUGGGCACCGUCUUCCAGUUCGCCAUGAGUGCGGGCGGGCUCAUCUCCUACUGCAUGGGGCCCUACAUGUCCUACUCAGCCGUGGCCAUCGUGUCCGCCGCCGUGCCCGUGGUCUUCAUGGUGGGCUUCCUCUGGAUGCCCGAGUCGCCCUACUUCUUGGCUCUGCGUGGCAGGGAUAAGGAUGCAGAAGGAGCCUUGAGGCGGUUGCGAGGUGCCGUGACUGAGGAAGCCAUCCAGGAGGAGCUCGACAUUAUUCACAAGUACGUCAAGGAGCAACGAGAGGCCAGGCAAUCGCGGCUGGAGCUGCUGGGUCAGCUGGUGCGGAGACGUGGAAACCGGCGGGCACUGGUGUUGUGCGUUGUGCUGAUCGUGACACAGGUGUUCACGGGGCUGGCUGUGCUCUUGAGCUACACCACUGACAUCUUCCGGCAGUCAGGUGUGGCGCUGGAUGCAGAUGUGUGCGCCAUCAUCGUGGCAGCAGUGCAGACAGAGACCAGCGUUGCCACAUCGCUGCUGGCAGACCGUGCUGGCCGGCGGCCACUGCUGCUGCUCUCGUUCGCCGGCUGUGGCGUCACCAUGGCUAUGCUUGGUACCAUCUUCUACCUCAAGGACGUGGUGCACACAGACCUCACAGCUGUGCAGUGGCUGCCACUCGCCGCCAUGGUCGUUUUCCUCGUGUUCAACAUCCUGGGGAUCGGCCCGCUGCCGUGGGCCGUCGUGGGCGAGGUGUUCGCGUCGGACGUGAAGGGCGUGGCUACAUCGGUCGUGGCGGUGGUGCAGUCCGUCCUUUUCACGGCGCUCAGCAAGCUCUUCCAGGUGAUCAGCGACGCCACGGGCGUCUACGCCGUCUUCUUCCUCUUCAUGGCCAGCGCCGUCGUCGGCCUCGUCUUCACCUUCUUCUUCCUGCCUGAGACCAGGGGCCGCACCUUCAUCGAAAUCACGCGGCACUUCGAGGGCGGAGAAGACGAAGAAACAAAGUAGCCAUUUUUCUGACUCUGGCUGAAACAAAGAACUCAAAUUCGUCCGAGUGGGACUAAAAUUCAUUUGGAAAUUUAAAUUACCCACAAUUCAUUGAAUUAACAUUUCAGCCAUAGGCAGAGAAACAUCUGGUAGUGUCUCUGCAUCGAUGCAAAGAGUACGUCAGUUGCUUGUGUAGUCAGCCAUGUGACUGGUUUGAUGGGGGGCAGACGCAGUAUUCUCUCCAUCGCUAAUCUCUUUGUCUCAGAGUAGCAUCUCUGCCAGACGUCUUGAAUUAUACGGGGUGUU